AAAAGUGACAGUGACAGAGCUAAAUUUCGAUUGCAAAAAUGACGUGGUGUAAAAGGUUAUAAACUUGUUUAAAUUUGUAUUUACAAAUGUAUUUAGCUAAGUAACUAAUAAUAGUUAUCGUAAUAGUCAUUGCUUUAAUAUAGGCUUCAAAAUGAUUGAAAUAACGGACACACAAAAGAUCGGAGUCGGCUUGGCCGGCUUUGGUAUGACGUUCCUAUUCCUCGGAGUGUUGCUGCUGUUUGAUAAAGGUUUACUCGCAAUCGGUAAUAUUCUCUUCAUAAGUGGCCUCGCUUGCGUCAUAGGGCUCCAAAGGACAUUCUUCUUUUUCUUUCAAAGGCACAAAGUGAAGGCGUCAGUCGCUUUCUUCGGUGGCAUCACUGUCGUAUUGCUUGGCUGGCCAAUGUUUGGCAUGAUAGCGGAAAUAUAUGGAUUUUUACUUCUAUUUAGAGGGUUCCUGCCGGCCGCUGUCAAUUUCCUCAGAAUGAUGCCAGUACUGGGUUCACUUUUAAGCCUACCGAUAAUACGAGGGAUCGUCGACAGGAUAGCCGGCGACAACGGCCGGAAUAUGGACGGAGCGACAUAGCAUGGUAUCGCUGCAAACAUC